AUGGUCGUUCAAAAACCAGAAUCUGAGCGUACGAGUCCGACGCCUGUCAAGUUCUCAGCUGCUGCGGAUCUGGACGAUGCGAGCCGCGUCAGGACCCUUGCUAUCAUUGACAAGUACCGUGAGCUGGGUAUCCAUGGGGACAUAUCGUUGCCCCAGCUAGUCGUCGUUGGGGAACAGUCAAGUGGAAAGUCAUCUCUCCUGGAAGGCUUGACGGGACUUUCGUUUCCCAUCACCCCCGACCUUUGCACGCGAUUCGUGACGCAGAUCGUGCUCCGUCGUGCGCCUGGUGCCGAUGCCGCUGUCAAGGUCUCCAUUAUCCCCGGGGCAUCGUCUAGUGCCAAUGAUAUACUGAGAGCGAGGCUGUUGAACUUUGGCCAUACGAUGCAGGCGAAGGAUUUUGGGAAUCUCGAGUUUACUGAACUUUUAGAUGAAGCUGCCGAAUGCAUGGGUCUUCCGACAUCACAGACCAGAAAUCUCGAGGAGCUGGACAAGCGAUUUUCAGAUGCUGUGUUGAAGAUUGAACUGUCGGGUCCAGAACACCGGCGUCUGAGCAUUAUUGACGUCCCGGGUCUUUUUCAGAAUCCUACAAAGUAUCAGACGGCCGAGGAUAGGGCUAUUAUACGCAACUUGAUUCAGCAAUAUGUUAACAAUGAGCGCGCGAUUGUCCUUGCAGUCAUAGACGGACAGAAUAUUGACCUGGCCAACCAGGAGGUAUUCCAGAUAGCCCGUGCAGCUGACCCUAACGGCGUCCGCACGGUUGGUAUAAUCAGCAAGUGUGAGCCAGGCCAACAAGAUGAAGAACAGGCAGUAAGAAGUCCUUCUGUUUAUUCAAAAUGUUAG